AUGUCUAGCGGCACAGUAUCGGCGUGUGCCAGUCAAUUUUCACAUAGUUUUCUCAUUUCUACUUUUGGAGUUUUUGCGACGUAAGAAAGAGAAAAACUCGACAUUUCAAGAAUGAAGAAUGAAAGAAAAUGUUAUAUUUUCCAUUGGAAAAUAAAAUUGUGAUGUUUUUUGGUAUUUUUCCUAUGAAAAUGUGAAAAUUCAACAUCAAAUUCAUCUAUCGCCAAUUUCAAUAGGGAAAUACGUCUGUUCUCAAUGCUUUCAUCGAAAAUUCAAUAUCAAAAUCUUAUCAUACGUUUCUAGAACAAAAAUCAUGACAAUUUUCGAUAAACUUCUUCUCAAAAGCGAUGAUUUUCACCCCGAUAUUCAAUAACUUUGUUGAAAUGUGUUUUCGAAAAAGUUUUACAUAUGAUUAUGCUCGAUUCUUGAUUCUCAUUCCGAAUAUCGCGCUAGUUUUCAUGAAAACCGUACUUUUCGUAGUCUCAAACGAAAAAGCCAUCUCGGGUCACACAAGAAAGUGUGCAAUUGCGCGUAAACUUGUGUGUGUAGUACGCAGAAGCAGAAAAAACAUGUUUUUUUGGUUUUUUGUUUUGUUUCUUUUCAACGCUUUUUCGUGUGUUUUUCUAGGUUUCUAUGUAAUUCUUUGUUUUCAGAUAGUCGAAAAUUGCUAUUCGACAAGGAAAAUUACAGUUUACAAACUGUGCUCCAACAAUUUUCAGAUAUAAAAGGCGAAAAGACGACAUAUUUGAAGGAACACAUGUUUGGCGCUCUCUUCAGGUUUGAUUUUUAUGUAUUGUCUUUCGAAAACUCAGAAAAACCGUAGGUUCAAUGAUUGAUUUCAGAUCGAAACGAUUGAAAUAUCAUGUGUAACAACGAAGAAGUCAAAAAAAGAAACGAAACGAGGAAAACACCCUGAAGAACUUCGCAAUGCAAUGGAAAUGGCUCAAAUCGUGAUCGAUCUUCAAAGAAAACUAGACGGUGAGUGUUUUUUAUAUAAAAUCUACUUAGAAAGUAUGAUAUAUACGUGGGAAAUAUUCUUUAUUAAAAGAAGUAACUUCUCUGAGUUGUGAGGAUUAGUUUCCUUAUUUUUACAACGAAUUUCCUAUGAUUUUUGAUUGUCUUCGAAAUUUCCUCAAAAAUAUUAAAGGGGUUGAAAGCAACACAACAAUUUUGAAAGUAACUUCAGACUUUGAUUUAUCACUUAUAUUUUACAGAUUUCCUCAAACGUGACGUGGAAUCUGCAAUCAACAUCAAAUAA